AUGGCAUCACCCCGGCACUACGGACACUCUACCCGGGAUAUUGCCAAUGUGAUGCAGAAGCUGCAAGUUUCUGUGAAAGCUGAGAACAGCAUCACCAGCCACGUGGCUCCUCUGCAUCAGUCUGUGCAGGCGGCAGAGGCAUACAUUCCCACCUACGCCUCUGGGUUUUACCGUCUGCUAGCCUAUCAAGCAGACAGGCGGGAAUCGAGGCGUAGUCUGGGGUACAAGAUGGAGCGACGAGCAGGGGGUGAAGCCUCCCCAAAAAAGAACACAUCCCUCAACCUGGUGACGGGGUUCUACCACUACCUCCGUGCAGGAAAGCAUGGGUUGGUUCUAAAAAGGCUGCAGAAUGAGCAGGAGGCGGUGCAGAAAAGGACAUUCACGAAAUGGAUCAAUUCCCACUUGGCAAAGCAUGUCCCGCCUCUGGUGGUGACAGACCUGUUUGAAGACAUCAAGGAUGGUGUGAUGCUGCUGGCCCUGCUGGAAGUCCUCUCUGGACAGAAACUGCCAUGUGAGCAGGGCAAGAAGCUAAAGAGGAUCCACUGGGUCGCCAACAUCGGUACAGCUCUCAACUUCCUUGAGGGUAGGAAGAUCAAGCUAGUCAACAUCAACUCCACAGAUAUUGUUGAUGGACGGCCAUCAAUCGUACUGGGAUUGGUGUGGACCAUCAUACUCUAUUUUCAGAUUGAGGAGCUAACCAGUAGCCUACCAGCACUCCACGGCAUGUCCAGCAGCACCUCCUCACUGGACAGCUCCACCAGCAGCACUGACACCACCAGCCCACCUGUCAAAAGGAAACCCCUCCCACCUCAGGGGGGAGCCAGAAAGGCAUUACUGAGAUGGGUUCAGCAGACAGCCACCAAACGCUUGGGGCUUGAGGUGAAGGACUUUGGCCCCAGCUGGCGCACAGGUUUAGCAUUCUUUGCAGUCAUCCAUUCCCUCCGGCCCAAUCUAGUUGACAUGGAGCGUGUAUGGAGGAGGCCCAACCGUGAAAACCUGCAGGAAGCCUUUUUCUUGGCUGAGACUGAGUUAGGCAUUCCACAGCUUCUUGACCCAGAAGAUGUGGACGUAGACAAGCCGGAUGAGAAAUCCAUUAUGACAUAUGUAGCCCAGUUCCUGAAGCAUCAUCCUGACCGAAGGCAGAGCGACUCAGACGGACAGUCAGAAGAAGAGAGAGAGCAGCGAAAGAGCCUGAGGGAGCUCAAAAUGUGGCUCGACCAGCUGGAGAGAGACGCAAUACAGGCUCAGGAGGCUGAGGGCAAUCUCGCUCAGCAGUACCAGCUGUUCAAGACUCUACGAGUCCAGUUGGAGGUGAGGAGGAAGCACGUGGAGGGAGCUUUGCAGUCCACUCAGAGAGAUGGAAUACUGACUGUGGAUCAGGCCCUAGUCAAACAAGCCUGGGAAAGGGUCUCCAAUAAGCUCCUGGACUGGCAUCUGCAGCUGGACAGGUCUCUGCCGGCUCCCCUCAACAUGGUGGGGGCAUGGCUGCACGAGGCUGAAGGAGCCCUGCGACAAGAGAUCAUCAUCCAGCAGGCACAUGAUGUGACAGCUAACACUGUCCACAGAGCUCUGGAGCAGCACAAGGAUGUGUUGAAGAGUCUUGAAAGUCACCAGCAGGUCUUUCAGAGGAUUCAUAAGGACAGGAGUGUUGAUGGAGUCCUUGUCCCCCCAGACCAACUCCAAGACAUGGCUGAGAGGAUGAACUUCAUCUCUACAUCUUCUAGCAUCCACAUGGCUAAGAUGGAAUUCUGGGAGAACAAACACCACAUGCAGGCCUUCCUCACUUUAGCCGAGACCAAGCUCAAAUCCUGGAUCAUCAAAUAUGGGCGACAAGAGUCCGUGGAACUGAUGCUCCACAACUACGUUUCAUUUGUGGAGAAGCAACAUUUCUUCGAAAAUUACGAGGCAUUGUUCCAGUCCCUCAAACAGUCGGCUGAGGCCUAUGUCAGUGCUGACAGCUCAGUGGAUGAGGGCGAGAUGGGGGUGCGCAGGUUUAUGCGGGAGGUGGUGACCCAGUGGAGGAGUCUUUCCAUGGAAGUGCGCAGUGUGAGGAGCAUGCUGGAGGAGGUGCUGUCCAACUGGGAGAGGUACAGCUCCACUGUGGCCUCCUUACAGGCCUGGCUGGAGGAUGCAGAGGAAGCCCUGAUCCAGCCAGAAAACACUAAACGGGAGUUUUUUAGGAAUCUCAGCCACUGGAUGGAUCAGCAUGCAGCCAUGAACGACGCCGGGAAUUUUCUCAUUGAAACUUGUGAUGAGACCGUGUCACUUGAUCUCAAGCAGCAGCUACUUAUUUUGAAUGGCCGAUGGAGAGACCUCUUCCUCAAAGUCAAACAAUAUGCCAGAGCAGAUGAGCUGGAGAAGUGGAGAAAAGACCACUUGAGGGCUGUGUCAGCCCUGAAAGAGCUGCUGGACACAGCAGAGGCAAAGCUCAAUGCUCCUGUUAAAGUGUCUUUCCUCAAUGUCAGAGCCUUUCUGCAGGAUGUGGAGAAUACUAAGCAAAAGGUUGUUGCCAUGGAGACACAAUACAAGUUGGCUGCCCGCAGUGCUCAGCUCCUUGCCAAGGACGCACCACAGGAUGAGGCGGCCAGAGUCAUGGCAACUGUGGCAACGGCCAAAAGUCAGCUGAGUAAGGUGAGAGAGCGAUGUCCCUCCCUAGUGAGGGAGUGUCAUGUCCUCCUGCCACUGUUGGAGGAGAUGGAAAAACACAUCACUGCUUUUUACCAGGCCCUGGAGAGGGCCAGUCGCAUCACUUCUGCUGCAAGAGACCCAGACUCACAGUCCCAGACCCAGCAUAAACAAAAGUGGCAGGAUUUGUUAAACCAGCAGCAAAGCUGUAAACGAUGUCUGUCAGUGAUUGAGAGGAACCACCACACCGUGCAGAGGACGCUCUCCACCAGUAAGGUGCUCCGUAACUUUGACCUGUCACUGCUGCAAAAGAGAGUGGCUGAAAUACAGAGCUCAGCACAGGCUUUGCUGAAGGAGGUGGGGGAAUGGAGAAGGCAGGAAGAGGCCAACAACUGCCUGAGGAGGAGGUUCGAGGAAUCACGACAAGAGCUGGAGAGGGUGCUGAAGAAAGCUCAGGGCUACUUGAGAGAGACUGGAGAUGCUGAGGAUCUACUGAAGAGACAUACUGAUUUUUUCGGCCAACUGGAUCAGCGAGUGCUGAGCGUGUUCUUGAAGGCGUGUGAUGAGCUGACUGACAUCCUGCCACAGGAGGAACAACAGGGACUGCAAGAAACUGUCCGCAGGCUGCACAAGCACUGGAAGGACAUCCAGGGUGAAGUGCCAUCUCACCUGCUCCGUCUGAAAGUGGAGGUGGAGCAAAGUCGAGUGGCUGUGAUCCUACAAGACUGCAGAGCAGAGCUGGACAGAGAAAUGCAAGCCCUGUCUGGCACCUGCACCAGCGAGCGGGUGAUCAAAGAGCACAGAACUUUCUUCAGGGAACGCAAACCUCUGACUUUGUGUGAGAAGAGGAUUAGGAACAUGGAGGAUCUGUGUCACAAGUUGCCUGACAACGACCCGGCUUAUCGAACACUAGACUCCACAAGAAGGGCCGUAGAUGAGGUUACAGAGCAAAUUAAGAGCACCCACCUCAAACUGGAGCAGCACCCAGAUAAAUGGAAAGAGUGGAACGAGAGGUUCUGUGAACUUUCCGAUUGGCUCUCAUCUCAGAGGAGGCAGGUGAGACUCUUGAGAGAGACCGCAAGAAAUUCCAGCCGUAAGGAGCAAGUGAAUGCUGCUGUUCAGGCACUGCAGGAAGCAGUGGAUGCCCGUGAGGAAAGCUUACUGUGGCUUAAAAACAUCCUUGCUGAACUCUCUGAGUGGGGUGAAGAGGGCUCUGCCAAGUUCCAGUAUGAGGAGUUGAGGGAGGAGGUGCGUGGUGCUCUGGAGGAGGUUCUCAGAGCACGAAGGGAGGCUGAGGAGCAGACCAGAAAGAUCCUUGAUGCUGAAGAUCUGGAGGAGGCCAAACAACUUUAUCUCAUUCACCAGGUGUGUAUAGAGCAACACCUAAAGCGCCUGCAUGCGAACAGGAGAGAGGCAGAGCUCCUGGUGUCCCACUGCCGCCAGCUGCAGACAGGGGAGGUGCUCAGUGAGUCUCUACAGGAACUGGAGGAAGCUUUCAGAGAGGUCGACCGCAAAUCGGGGGCAAAAGAGCACAACCUGCAGGCCACUCUGACCUGGUGGCAGAACUUCGAAGCAGAGAGAGAAACAGUUUGGAGGUUUAUCAGCAACACCAACAAUGAGCUACACAAAGAACUUAUUUUCAACAGCCUGGACAGCCUGAGAAUGGAACUGGAGCACAAUAAGGAGCUCCUCACUGGGGUUGAGGAAUGUUGUGUGAGAGCAGAUCUCCUCUUGGAGAAGGCAGCAGAUAUUCAGCUUGGUCCAAAGAAUCAGACUCUUCUUCUGCAGCAGGCCCAGUCCACCAGAGAAGCAGUCACACAACUUCAAGACCACCUCAACAAGAAUGUUGUCCAGCUGGAGAGGAUGUGUGUGUGGUGGGAGCGCUUCAGCAGUGAAUCAGAGACCCUCUCCUCUUGGAUCAGUGAGAAGGAGCAGGAGCUUGAGGCCAUCAACACCACCUCCUCCUUGGAUCCUUUAGACAAAAACAUCAGCACAGUGGAGGAGGUGGGGAAAGGUCUAGAGGAGAGAAGGGCAGCCCUGGGCCACAUGGAGGCAGACUGUGAGGCCCUAUCAAGGUUUGUGACCCCUGGUGAGGCUGGACGUAUCCGAGCACGUCUUACCCAGAUAAGGCGCUACUGGGAAGAGCUGAAGGGGAGAGUGGAACAGCUGGGAGGACAGCUCAACCAGAGCGCCUCCUACCGGCAGAGAUACAAUGAUAACCUUGAACAGGUCAAGAAAACCAUGAGUGAUAUUGAAGAGAAGCUUGACUGUCCAAUCACGCAGUGUUCAUCAUCAUCUGAGACCUACAAAAUCCUCCAGAAUCAUAUGGAGGUCUGCCAGACUGUUGAGCAGCUAAAGCCCAGGCUGAUGGCUCUGUGUUCGGCCAUGAAGAGGCUUGGAGAGGGCAGCCAGCUGGAGGAAGAGGUGGCUAACCUCCAGAAGCAACAGGGGCAGUUUCUGGGAAAGGCCUCGGAAAAGCAAGCUACAUUAGAAAGCCUUCUAGCACUGUGGCAAAGAUUUGAAAAGGAGAUUUCGUCCAUGAAAAGCUGGCUGGACAGGUGUGAGUCUGUUUGCUGUCCAGACACCGAACUGCUCUCUGCAGACAAAGUAAAGCUUAGGAAUGAACUACAGAAUAUACAGGAAAUGCAGCGGGAGACACCAUCCUAUGAUGUCCUUCUCCAGGGCCUUGUGAAUCUCGGAUUGUGUCUGUAUCCCACAGCACCUGAAGCUCGUAUCCAAGAGUUCAGUGAUGAUCUCACACAGCUACAGGAGAGAUCCACCUCUGUGAAGAACAGCAUAUCACACAGGUUUGAGCUGCUGAAGUCACAGUUGUCACAGCUGGAGUUGUUUGAUGAGGCGCUGCUGACUCUGACCCAAAGGAGUGAAAACUUCCUGUCUGUCUUGAGAAGCUCUUCCCAGGUUGAUAUUGCUGAUCUUGAGGCUGCAAUCACUAAGCUGAAGGAGCAUGAGGUGAAGCUACAGGCGUAUGCAUCGCUGAGAGAGACACUUCAUCAAAGAGAGUCCUCCCUUCUUUGCUCUUCCACCCCGGAGGCCCAACAGCAGCUCCAGGGCUGGAGGGAGGACUGCCUACAGCCCCUCAGUGAAUCCCAGCGUCUCCUUCUCGUCCGUAAAGAGUGCCUGACUGAGUUAAAGACUUUCCUUGGGAAACACGCAGUGGCAACUAAGGCUGUGCACCGCCUUCACGAGGCUGUUGAGGGCAGGGGGAGCUGGGACCGCGCCAAAGCUGAAGAGCUGCAUCAUGGAAUAGGGGAAGUGGCUAAAGAUGUUGCUCGGCUUGAAGCUGAGGCAGUCGGGUUAGAUGGGCAGCUGAGCAAGGCACACCUGCAACUGUGUGGGUCAGAAUGGCCAGGUUCCAGGGACACAGGCCAUCCGCAGGGAAGAACGUCUUGCAGAGGACAGGCAGUGGCUCUCACAAUGGCUCUGGAGGAAGUACAGAGGGGUGUGGGAUGGAGGCAGAGUGAAGCAGAUGCUUUAGGCGCCUUGUGGAGCUCCUUCAGGGAGAGGAGGGAAGAGGUGAUGAAGAAUUUGAGGAAACUCGAAGAUGAAGUGAGGCAUGAGGGGGCCAGAGAGAGCUCUGUACAGGCCUUUCAAAACAGGCUGCGUUUUUUCGUCCAGCUGGAGGAUGAGCUCCAGUCCCUGCAGCACUCUCAACAGUGGUUAGAGGAAAAGGGAAGCCAGCUGGCCCAGAGAGACAGUGAGCUGGCUGGGGAGGCUCUCAGGGAGGUAGCUCUGGUGAAGACAGCCUGGGAGAACGUCAGGACUCUGAUCACCAACGGUCAAGAACAGAGUGGGUUGGUGGUAGAUCUUCUCCGUCAGUUUCAUCACCUGAAGUCAGUCCUUAGCACUGUGGUGGAGAGUGCUCAUAGUAUCGCACACAAUCUGCCCGACCACAAUCACAACACUCAGGAGGCCAAAAGGACUUUCAUACGGCAUGAGACUGUCCAAGCGGAGCUGAGAGAAAAGCAGGAAGACAUGGACCAGCUCAUCAGUACGGUCGAGGACCUGCAGAGAGAAUUGGAGAAGGUUCCCAGCUCUGAUACAUCCUCCAUCCAGAGAGACAUGGAGACAUUGAGAGACCAGUGGCUGGAGUUGGCUGCUCAGCUGUCAGAAGUCUCAGAAAGAAUUCAAACCAACGUAGAGAGACUUGGCCUCUGUGUGGCCCUGUGGGACGACCUCAAGGCCAUGGAGCAGGACAUCAACCAGUGGACAGCCACCUCCAUUGCUGACCUCACAGACAGCGUCACCAAUCUCAGUGAUAAGGAGAAGGCAGAGGCCCAGCUUACCACCUUUCAGGCUGAGGUUGAGAAGAGGGAGCAGAAGCUGGAUGCCCUGCAGGAGAGAGUGACAGAGCUGAAGGAGCGAGCCAAACUGCAGGAAACCCCGUUACAAAUGCAGGUCCUGGAGUCAGACCUGAGGAAGAAAAUGACCCAUGCACAGGAGGUGUACAACCAGGCCAAACACACUCUGACCUACUUCACUUUCCAAAAACAGCGACUUGAGGACCUCAUGUCCCAGAUGGCCGAGCGGCUGGAGGCAGUUGAGGGUUCCUUGUCUGACCUCACUGAAGCUACUUCCCCUGAAGAUAUUGGUACUGUCAAGAACCUGCAGAGCGUUGUGCAGCAACAGAGGGCAGACAUGGACUCGGCUAGAGAUGCCCUGACUGCCCUGUGCAGGUCGCAUCCCUCUCAGGAGCUGUCAAGCCUCUCCUCUGACCUCACCUCCAUUGCCAAGCGAACAGAGGCUGUUGCUCAGCGUUGUGCCAAGACCAGGGGCAGCCUGCAGGAUGGGCUACAGCUCCAUUUCAACGCAGAGCUCGUCCAAGACUUCCAUGCCUGGCUUGCAGAUCUAAAGUUGGAGCUGAAAGAAUGUUCAAACCAAUCAGGAGAUGUUGCCAUCCUUGGAGCCAAGUUACAGAGGUUGAAGGUGUCACUUGAGCGGACAUCAGAGGGUGAGAAGCGGCUCUCCCAGGUUUCUCAGGAGGCCGAAAGGCUCCAGCUCCAUCUGCCCAAAGCUGGAGCAGCACAGGUCCAAGAGCAUCUCUCCUCCUGUCAGAGAGAGUGGAAGAACUACCUGGACAGCUGUUCUCAGAGCCAGCGAGACUUGGAAGAGAGUAUUGGUCUUCUGAAAAACUUUGAUGAUUGUGUGGAGGGUAUAAGAGACUGGCUAAAGCAGAUGGAGCUCAGCCUCCAGAGCGAGCCUGUUCUUGGCGCAGAGAGCCAGCAAGGAACCCCCGAUGCCACAGAAGAGCUGGAGAGAAUGGAAAACCUCCAUAAGGAGCUACUAGCAAGAAGGGACUCUAUUGAGCGUGUCUGCCAGGAGGCCCAGUCUCUGUCUGAUGCAGGUCGGGGGUCAGGAGGAGAGGUCAGAGUGACAGGCCAACUCCAGAUGGAGCACCAAGCCCUGCUGAAGGCAGCCAGGGAGAGACUGCGAGGGUGCCAGGAGAGUCAGGCCUUUGGAGAGACCCUCCAGGGAGUUUGGGCCUGGCUGGAGGAGAUCCAGGAGAGACUGGGUACAGUAGACAGCACAAUGGGGACCAAAGAGCAGUUAGAGCAGAGGCUGGAGACUGUGCAGGACAUCCUGCUUUUGAAGGGUGAGGGGGAGGUCAAGCUGAAUAUGGCCAUGGGUAAGGGUGAGUUGGCCCUGCGCAGCUAUGGGGCCGCUGGACAGGAGGUGGUCCGCUCUCAGCUUCAGGAAGUGGAGGAUGCAUGGGCCACGCUGCUUGUGACUGCCAUGAGCUGCCACAGUCGUUUGGAGUGGACUGUGUCACAGUGGGGAGGAUACCUGGACAGUGCUGCCCAACUGCGGUGCUGGAUGGAGGCUGUAGAGCGGGAGGUGUGUGCCCCGCUUACCCCGCAGCCGGGGCCCAGAGAAAAGGCCUCCCAGCUAGAGAGACUUAGAGCCCUGCUGGCUGACCUGGAAGACCACCAGGUGGCACUGUCCAGCUUGGAAGAAAAAGCCAGAGAACUUUUCAAGAAAACCGGUGAUGCCAGCUUUAACCAUGGUGCUCGAGUCCAGCUGCAGGCGCAGUUUGAUGACCUUACAGCUUUGGUAGAGGAGAGAGUACGUCUUGCGCAGGCUGUGGUGUUGGAACACCAAGAAUACCUGGAGGCUGUGAGGGAGCUGACCGACUGGCUGAUGACUGCAGGAGAGGAGCUGCAGCACUGGUCUGAUACAUCAGGAGACUCUAACUCCAUCAAAAAGAAACUGUCAGAAGUGAGGGAGCGUGUGGAGUGUCGGUUACUGGAGGGCCGAGAGCGCCUCAGCCGGGUGCGUCGCAGCGCAGCAACCACAGCGGAGCACACGGCAGCAGGAGGCUGCGAGGCCAUGGACCGGCAGCUGGGGGCGCUGUCCCAGGCUCUGGAGCAGUGGGAAGGGGCCGCUCUGAGGGCCAGAGAUGGCCUGGAGGGGGCCCUGGCAGCUGCUGCAGCUUCAGAAGAAGAAUACAACCGUCUGACCGCUCAGCUGGAAGAUGAGUUGAAGGAGCUGGAUGGACGGCUGAGGAGGUGGAGCCAGGAGCUGAUUAAAGCUGAAGGGCGGAGCAACGGCGAGGAAGCAGUGGAGGGAUGGCAGCUGGCUAAGGUACAGUAG